UCAAGGAGUAAGAUGAACGUAAUCAUACUUCGGCCGUCGCUAUUUUUCGUUGGCUUUCUCAUAGGUAUAAUAACUGUUUUUUCGUUCAACUAUGCUGGCCGCAUUUUCGGAACUCAUGAGUUACAAGGAGAUCAUUCGAAAACAUUUUUGAGUAUAUUUAAAACUUGGUCCAAAUAUUCGAGAAACUACAAUGCCUGGCGUCAAAAGCAAAACGUCGACGUGUCGUUGGUUAAUUUAGAUGAUUUUUAUUAUGGACAACCCUCACAAGGGAACAAAGCUACUUUGGAAUCCGAAUGGCUGAUCAAGAAAGUACCCGUCACGUGCGUCGUAUUUGUAGAAAAAUUGAAACUCGCAACCACGAUCGAAGACACGUGGGGACGUCACUGUAAUCAGCUGCUAUUUUUCUCUCGCUACCUCAGCGACGCGCCUGUGAUAAACUUAAACAUAAAAUAUACCUCGUCGUGGCAGUUACUCUGCGAGGUGAUGCGUCACGUUUGGAAGACACGCGACCGAGUGCCGUUGAACUGGCUGAUCUUUGUCAACGACGAUACCUUUGUCGUUCUGGAAAAUUUACGCCACAUGCUGGCACCUCUGGACCACGAGCAAUAUUUUUACCUGGGACAUCCCGUAGUCCUCUGGGGCAACGUCUACAACGUCGCGCAAGCCGGAUACGUACUUAGUUAUGGGAUCCUGCAGAGGCUUAUAAAAAUAUUUGACACCUCGGCAAAAUGCGCUGCCGGCGGAAAAUACUGGAAAAAGGAAGACUUUUAUUUGGGCAAACACUUGUCGGCGUUGGGAAUUCAGCCCGCGGAUACCAGGGACGCAAAACAGCGUGGGACUUUUCACGGAUUCUCAUUGAAUGUUUUAUUGUGGGGAGUCGCCAAGCCCGACAGCUACUACACGAAGGCGCUGUACCCCCCGGGUCGCGAGUGCUGUUCGGACAGGUCCGUUACUUUCAGCGUCGGGGAAGGGGACAAAGUGAGGACCAUCAAUUACUUACUGUAUCACCUGCGCGUCUUUGGAGGUGGAUCCCGUGGAAACAAGGCGGCGCCAACGCCUGUGCCGGAAGACGAGGUCUGGAAGAUAGCGCUGCGCGAGGAGUUCAAUCUGACCGACGUCGAUGACAUCACGAGCGAAGAGUACUUUCAGAUGUGGCGGAAGAAAUACUCUGAGCCAGAGAUGUUUUUAGCCAGGAAUUUUCGAGGUGUGGCCGAGCCUUGACACCUAUACCC